AUGGCCGACUCUUCCUCCCCAGGCCCUACUUCCACUCCCACUACCAAUCCCUCAUCCACAACUACCCCAAAACCACCCUCCAAGCCCCCAUCCCCUACUCCCCGAACUCCAUCUGCUCCUGCAGCAGCAUCUACACCCACCUCAAUCCCCAAGCCUGCGUCUCCCACCCCAAUCCCUACUAACACACCCCUCCCUACCAGCAACACCCCAGGCGGCAACCGCCGCAACAACCGCCCCGAAGAAGAAGCCGCCAGCGCCGCCAGCGCCAUCCUCCCCAACGAAGGCAUGAAGGCCCCCGGCGUGACGGCUAACCAGGAUGAGAAAUCCAACCUAAAGAUCAGCAUUCACUUGAACUUGCGGGCUAAGGUGAAGUUGGAUUUGGAUGCGCAGUUGUAUGGUGAUAUUGUUAUUGGGUUGUUGUAA